AUGUCCGCUCACAAACACUGGGACUUCAGUAACGUCGACCUCAUCCUCGCUGCUUUGAAAUCAACCGUUGCCUCUAACCCCCAGCUCGCAUUGAUCGAGUCUGAAAAGGUGAUUUUCGACAAAAAUGCCAUCUUGGACCCUCGUCGUAAAGUCGUGGUGAUCUCCGGUGGUGGGGCUGGCCAUGAACCAUUACACGCUGGUUUUGUCGGUGAUAAUCUCUUGAGUGCCGCGGUGGCUGGGAACAUGUUUGCCUCGCCUUCCACUAAACAAAUCUUAUCAGCAAUCGUCACCAUCGCCGACUUGACCAAAUCCCACGGAUUGCCUGCUAAACAAUUCUUGAUUGUCGUCAAAAAUUAUACCGGAGACGUGUUACAUUUUGGGCUUGCCUUGGAAAGGGCCAAGAGUUUGGGGCAUGUUGCUGAAAUGGUGAUUGUUGAAGAUGAUGUUUCUGUCGGCAAAGCCAAUGGUGGAUUGGUUGGUAGAAGAGCCCUUGCUGGGACUGCAUUGGCUCAUAAAGUGGCGGGAGGUCUUGCUGCUCAAGGUGAAGACCUCAAGACCGUGGUGGCGGCAGUGGAGAAAUUCAUUGGUAGUUUGGUUACCAUUGGGGCAUCGUUGGAUCAUUGUUCUCUUCCUGGUAGAAAACUCACCAAGGAAGAAGAAGAAGAAGAAGAAAAGACCAACAAAUUACCAUUGGACCAAUGUGAAAUUGGUAUGGGUAUUCAUAAUGAAACUGGGGUUAAAAGAAUCAAAAUUCCUCAUAUUUCUAAGUUGGUGGAGGAAUUGUUACAAUACCUUUUAAGUCAAGAUGAUGCCGACCGUAGUUACGUGAAAUUCAACGAUUCUGAUAAAUCAGUGCUUUUGAUCAACAAUUUAGGAGGUACUUCUAACGUGGAAUUGUUUGCCAUUGCCGAAAUCGUGUUGGAACAAUUAUCUUCGAUUUACAAAAUCAUUCCGGUUAGAACUUACAUUGGGAAUUUCGUCACCUCCAUUAACGGUAAUGGGUUCUCCAUCACUUUAACUAACCUUGACGUGGCCGGGGACGAGGAAAAUUUCAUUCUUGAUCAAUUAGAUAAACCUUCGAACUGUAUUGGCUGGAAUUCCGGCAUUCAGUGGCCAUCCAAAACCCAAGCGAUCCCAUCGACUCUCAAACAUCCAACCACCGAUGUCCUGAGCACCACCACCGCCGUGAAGUCUCACUUGAAAAUAUCCUCGUCCAUCACCAGUAACAUCCUCAAGUCGGCAAUUACCAGGGUUCGUCAACUUGAACCAAAAGUUACUAAUUAUGAUAUCAUUGCCGGCGAUGGUGAUUGCGGUGAAACCUUGCUUGCCGGGGCUAAUGCCAUUUCCAAAGCUUUGGAUGACCCAACCUCCACUCUUGCCACCCAUUUGGAUGAUCCUGUUGCCGUGAUUUUCGAACUUGCUAAUCUUUUGGAAGACUCCAUGGGCGGGACUUCUGGAGGAUUGUACUCGAUCUUCAUGUCAUCAUUGGCCAAAUCUUUAAAACAGGAAUCCCAAUCCCAAUCUUCCCUCACCAUCGCCACGUUUGCCGCAGCAUUAUCUGGAGCGUUGGAAUCGCUUUUCAAAUACACCCGGGCUCGUGCGGGAGAUAAGACCUUGAUCGAUACUUUACAACCAUUUGUCGAGGCAUUAUCCAACACAUCGGACCUCCAAGAGGCAAGAAACGUCGCAAUCCGUAGUGCUAAGGCCACCAAAAAGUUGGACGCAAAGUUUGGUAGGGCAUCGUACGUGUCUAAAGAUGAAUUGAAGAAAUCUUAUGCAACGGGGGGUGCAAAGUCUGGGGCCGCAGAGGAUUUGGAGGCAGAAGAUGAUGAAGAAGGGGUUCCUGAUCCAGGGGCCAUUGGGUUAGCUGCGAUCAUUGAUGGGGGUGUCAAGGGUUUUUUUUGA